UUCGGUUUCGACCAAGUGCAUCCGUCUACAAUCACCCAGCAUGCCCUUUUCACGAGCACCGCUCAACCACUUAUUUCGCGAUUUUUAGAAGGAUUCAAUUGUACUAUCUUGGCAUAUGGGCAAACUAGUAGUGGAAAAACGUAUACCAUGACCGGAGUCGACCUAGAUGCUAACCCCUCUGACACAAACAAUGGCAUGGGUAUCAUCCCUAGAGCUGUUUCUACCAUCUUCUCGCAGGCGAGGAAGCUCAAGGAGGAGCGCGGCGGGAGCUGGAACUACAGCAUAAAAGGCUCUUUCAUUGAGAUAUAUAAUGAGGACCUUAUUGACUUGUUGAAUUCGGACGAGACUACUGGCGCUCGACGUGAAGUACAAAUUAGAGAAGGCAAAGAUGGGCAAAUUAUAUGGGGUGGGCUUCGCGAAGUUUCUGUCAAAGGUCCAAACGAAGUCAUGACUCUCAUCCGCCAGGGUACUUCGAUAAGACGGACAAACGAGACUGAUAUGAAUGCACAAUCUUCUCGUUCGCAUGCCAUCUUUUCUCUCACUCUAAUUCAAAAGAAGUACACUGGCUCCGGAGCGCCACCUCGGGAAUGGGUUACAAUUGUUUCAAAAUUCCACUUCGUUGAUCUAGCUGGUUCUGAACGCCUUAAGCGCACUGCUGCAGCAGGCGAACGUAUUAAGGAGGGUAUAUCUAUCAACAGCGGGUUGCUUGCUCUGGGAAAUGUCAUAUCUGCUCUGGGGGACCCCUCUCGCGCGAAAUCUCACACAGCCUCCCACAUCCCAUAUCGUGACUCCAAGCUCACAAGGCUUUUGCAAGAUUCAUUAGGUGGAAAUGCUCAUACCCUGAUGAUUGCUUGUGUAAGCCCUACGGAAUGGAACGUUGGCGAAACGGUGAAUACUCUCAAGUACGCCAAUCGUGCCCGAAAUAUAAAGAAUCGAGCGGUAGUCAACGAAAAGGAAGAUGGAUGGGAUGAUGUAGAAUGGUUGCAGGGCACAAUCACAAGGUUGCGGAAGGAGGUCAAGCAACUCAAGGACGGCAGUGCAGUAAUCACCCUUAGCGAACCCGAGGUCCCGGAGGGAGCCAGUAAGAAGGUUCUCGCUCAAAUGACCGAUCUUCAGAACAACUACGAAGACCUGCGUGAGAAGUUCGUUGAACGCACUGAAGAGCUUGCUAGGUUGAGACGUGAACUAGGCGAGAGACAUCGGUCGACAUCAAAUGGCGCGAUUGGUGGAACAGCCAAGUACGAGGAGAUCGUCGGGCCAGUCAUUGAGGAGUAUGAGAAGACAAUCGGCGCUAUGGAAGCUGAGCUGAGCUUGAACAGAGCCGCUUUGCGUCUGACAAACGAGAUGGUGGAAGAAAAGGAGGAAGAGCUGGCCCAGAUUACGGAAAGGCAUUCUGCCACCGAGUUGUAUGUGGAGGAGCUGAGAGGAAGGCUUGCGAAGGUAACAGAACGUGAAGCUUCAACAGAGGCUUAUGU